AUGAAAUCCUCCAUCCCCGGCCUUGCCAACUUUUCACGGCAAAAUUUCUUCAUCUUCUUCAAAUUGAACCCCAGGGAAGUUCAGAAAUCCUCAACGGAAAAGUCCUCUUCUUCUUCUCAUUUGACCCGAGAACAAGAACACUCCAUCAUCGUCUCGGCUCUCACACACGUGAUCAGCGGCUGCGAUGGUGAUCAUCCCACCACUGAUCUACUACAACCCCUCCACCAGCCUUCCAAAAGUGGCGGCACCAAGUUCUUCCCGCCAAAUAAUGAAGAGGAAAAAAAACAGAUAAGUGAGAGCAAGAAGUACAGGGGAGUCCGGCAGAGGCCGUGGGGGAAGCGGGCUUCGGAGAUCCGAGACCCUAAGCGAGCAGCCCGGGUGUGGCUUGGCGCGUUCGAUACAGGGGAGGAAGCGGCGAGGGCUUACGACGAGGCCACCAUUGAGUUCCGCGGAGCCAGCAGAGCCAAGCUUAACUUCCCAUUGUCAGAUCGAUUAUACAGACGGAUCAAACUCAAACUCCGAAACGAACCAAGAAAAUGA